CAUACAUUCGCCGUGGCUAGAACGAUUGAACCCAAACACUGAACCCGGCUAGCUCGCUACAUUCUAUACAUCCUGUGCAUCCUGUAAACUCCGUCCGUCCUAUCCCGUACAUCCUAUCCCAUACAUUUCAUACACAUCCCACAUAGCUACCGACGACUAACGGACUACAAACCCAACGGCUUACCUGAAUGAGAUAGUCGUGGUCAAGCUCUACUCGCGUACCUGAUUUGAUUUGAUCUGAUCUGCAGCUCCAGCGCUUGUCGUGUCUUGCGUUAUCACAUCUUUCCUCUUUUCUUUAAUAGAAUCUAUACAGGUGUUUCUUCUUCUUCUUAUCUUGUGCAGUCGAAACUUAUUUCCGACUUAUAUUUUCCCAUAGUUAUCCUAAAGUUGGAACUCAUUGUCUUACCUUACUAGCUUACGCACGUGCCAGGCGUUACCCCGACUAAUGAGCUUGCACUAAGUACCUGAGCAAUCUUCAAACAUGGUUGUAGUCGACAACUACGAAUACCUCACCGAGGAAGAGAAGCGUCUCAAGGAGGAUGGAAAUCGGAUCAAAUACUGGAAGAAAUGGGGGCCCUAUGUUGCUGAACGACAAUGGGCCACAGUGCGAGAGGACUACAGUGCAGAUGGUGAUGCUUGGAGCCAUUUCACUCACGACCACGCACGAUCUCGAGCUUUUCGCUGGGGUGAAGAUGGUAUAGCUGGAGUGUCAGAUACUCACGGGUUGCAGAACAUUGCCUUUGCUUUCUGGAACGAGCAAGACCCCUUCCUCAAAGAACGACUUUUUGGUCUAGCAAACCCCCAAGGCAAUCAUGGUGAGAGUAUCAAAGAGGCUCAUUUCCACCUUGAUAAUACACCUCAUUCCUAUAUGAAAUACCUCUAUAAGUACCCGCAAAGAGCAUUUCCAUACCAAGAUCUCUUAGAUACGAACGCCAAAAGAACCAAAACCGAUAAGGAGUAUCAGCUCAUCGACACUGGCAUAUUUGAUGAGGAUAGAUACUGGGAUAUCAUCAUCGAGACUGCGAAGGAGGCAGAUGAUCCUGAUGAGAUUCUCUUCCGGGUUACAGCAUGGAACCGAGGACCGGAGCCUGCUCCUCUUCAUAUCAUCCCUCAUGUCUGGUUUCGAAACACUUGGGCCUGGGGAAGGGAAACCGAAGAUAAGAAACCGUCUAUCUCAGGGUAUUCCGAGAACAUGGCCAGGUCGAAGCAUUGGAAGCUAGGUAAUCGAUACUUAUUAUUAUCACCCUCGCCAGGUGUCGGGGUCAGUGGAGAUGAUGUGCAGCCCGAUAUCAUUUACACUGACAAUGACACCAAUUAUGAGCUUCUAUACGGAGGAGAGAACAAGGUUCCGUAUGUCAAGGACGCAUUCCAUAACUACAUUGUCGAUGGCAAGAAGGAAGCUGUGAACCCAGCUAGGACAGGCACAAAGUGCGCUGCAUGGUUCCAGUUCAACGAAUCAGGGGGUGUUGCUCCUGGUGAAUGCGCUGUCGUCCGUUUCCGAUUUUCAAGAAAGAAUGAGACCUACCUAGACGAAGAAAUCUUUGAUGACAUUGUUGAAAAAAGACGAGAGGAAGCAGAUGAAUUCUACUACAGGAUAAGUCCAUUGCCGAUGUCCGAAGAUCUUCGCAAUAUCCAACGCCAGGCCUUUUCGGGUAUGAUGUGGUGCAAGCAAUACUACCAGUUCAUAUGGGACCAGUGGGCCAACGGUGACCCUGCUCAACCACCGCCGCCACCUGAGAGGAAGGAAAUUAGAAACUCUGAAUGGAGGCACCUAUACAUCGAUGACAUCUUAUCUAUGCCGGAUUCAUGGGAGUAUCCCUUCUUCGCGGCCUGGGAUUCCGCAUUCCACUGCAUACCGCUUGCUAUGAUUGAUCCGGAAUUUGCGAAGAAGCAGAUUGAUCUGUUCACUAGGGAAUGGUAUUGCCAUCCGAAUGGCCAGCUCCCUGCAUACGAAUGGAACUUUGGCGAUGUGAACCCUCCCGUCCAUGCCUGGGCUACUUUCCGGGUCUUCAAGAUCGAGCGAAAGCUAUAUGGAAGACAAGACCUUGACUUUCUAGAGAGAGUGUUUCAAAAGUUGCUAUUGAACUUCACCUGGUGGGUCAACCGAAAGGACAAGGACGGCAAAAACGUCUUCGAAGGGGGUUUCCUCGGACUUGACAACAUCGGCCUCUUCAAUCGCUCCGAGCCCUUACCAACAGGGGGGGUUCUUGAACAAGCUGACAGCACAGGAUGGAUGGCGUUCUAUUGCUUAUGCAUGUUAAAUAUUGCUCUCGAGCUAGCCAAGCAUCGACGAAUUUACGAGGAUAUCGCCUCGAAGUUCUUUGAACAUUUCAUAUUCAUCAGCGAUGCUAUGACUUUCAAACAUGGAGAUAAGGACGAAAAAUCCCUAUGGAACGACGAAGAUGGUUUCUAUUAUGAUGCAAUUUCCUGGGGUGGGCCGUACAUUCAACAACUACCUGUCCGGUCUUUGGUCGGAUUGAUUCCUUUGUAUGCAACACUUACUUUAGAGCCAGAGCUGAUCAACAAGCUACCAUCCUUCAAAAAGCGUGUCGACUGGUUCAUGGAGAACCAUUGCGAUUUGGCGGAAAGGAAUAUGGCAAGUAUUCGGAAGAGGGGUAAGGGUAACCGCAUUCUCCUUUCGAUGGUAAGCAAAGAUAGGUUGGAGAAGAUCUUGAAGCGUAUGCUCGACGAAGAUGAAUUUUUCAGCGAGCAUGGCAUUCGAUCACUUUCAAAAUUUCAUGAAGAAAAUCCAUACUCCAUGGACGUGAAUGGCCAAAAGUUCACAGUAGGAUACGUGCCAGGAGAUUCAGACAGCGGUUUAUUUGGCGGCAAUAGCAACUGGAGAGGCCCCAUUUGGCUCUGUGUGAACUUCCUUCUGGUGGAAUCCUUACAGCGGUUCUACCUAUUCUACGGACCUAAUUUCCAAGUAGAAUGCCCUACAGGAUCUGGGGAAUUCAUGCAUCUCGGACACGUCUCUGAAGAGAUCCAGCACCGCUUACAACACUUGUUCGCCCGGGGCGAUGACGGACGUCGGAGUAUCAACGCUGGGAAUGAUACGCUGGACUUUGACCCGAACUGGAAAGACUACAUGUGGUUCCACGAAUUCUUCGACGGCGACACAGGUCGUGGUUUAGGAGCAACACACCAGUGUGGCUGGACCGGGUUGAUUGCUCGCAUGAUCCACGAUACGGGCAUCAGCUGCCGCCUUCCGCAGACGCCGCGUACACCAACAGUAGGCAUGGCGCACUACUUCGACGACGUCUUCCACCGGCAUGCUGGGACCUCGACGAACGGCUCAUCUAGGCCGCACAAAGGCCACAUGCGCCGGUCCUCGACGGCACGGUCGAUCAGUGCCAGGAGUGACUUCGAUGCUUCGGUCAAUGGCGAGGAGUUUGACGUCCGCAGCGAGGCGCCCGACGACCCGGAACGGCAGGCGCUGAGACGGGAGGCCGAUGAGCAUCUGAAGAAUUACGUCUCGGAGCAGCUCCAGAGAGUCAAGGACCACGACGACGAGUUUGGCAGGUACGCCGAUGUGGAGGAGUAUGAGACGCAUGUCUGAGGAGGGUUGCGUUAGGGGCCUAAUUUGUGGGGUCUGGGACUUGGGAGCUUGGGAGAGGAGAGGAAAAGGGGGUUGGGAACGGGUGGGGAGAUGCCUAACUUGCUCGCUUGGAUGGAUGGCCUAAAGGAUACGCAGGCGGAUAUACAUUGGUAGGCUGCAUACAGAUACAAAUACAAGAUACAAGAUAUACGGUAGAUGGAAUACGAGAUUACGAAUUUAAUGAGAUUAUACGUGUAUGAAG